AUGCCAGAGAUGACAGAGAACCAGACUCCUGGCCAUAAACCACGGUAAGGGCAAAUCAAUUCUUCUGCAUUGAAGUUUUCAGGCACACAACAUUGUCUAACCUCUUUAUCCAUUUUCUCUUACAGAAAGAAGAAAAACAAGGAGUCUCACAAUGCAGGUGAGAUAUUGUUGUUGUAGUUUGUCUUUUUCUGUAAUUUCCCAGCAUUUCCUGGGAGUGACUCACUAAGUUUUUAUGUUUGUUUUGUUUGUUCUUAAGUUGAGAGACAGCGAAAAGAGAAGAUCAAUGCUGGAAUUAACCGUAUUGGGGACCUUCUACCCUGUUCCCAGGCACUGAAGCAGGUAACACAUAGGCUGUGUUUAGACAGGCAGCCCAAUUCUGAUAUUUAUUUCACUAAUUGGUUUAUUGACCAAUCAGAUCAGCUAUUAAAAAGAUCAGAUCUGAUGUGAUUGGUCAAAAGACCAGUUAGUGCAAAACAGAUCAGAAUUGGUCUGUUUGUGUAAACACAGCCACACACACACACACACACACACUCACAUGUGUGUUUUUGAUCCGAACCAUAGAACUUACGGGCUCAGUUUCUCAAGGUGUGAUAUUUAUCCUUUGGUCUGAGGCUGUAGCUCCUGUUGAUAUCCUGCUGUAUGUGUUUGCCUUGUGUCAGUCUCCAUGUAAAUCCCAUGCUGACAGCCUCCCUCUGUCUUUAGAGUAAGAACAUGAUCCUGGACCAGGCCUACCGUUACAUAAGUGAGCUGCAGAAACAAAAUGACGCCAUGCUUCUUGAAGGGGGAGAAAUAGUACAAGGUGAGAGUUUGUGUGCUUCUAGUAGACAACAAGUAUGUUGUCACAGUGCAGAAGUAUGCAAUUCCUUUGAGUGUGUUUUCCUAUUUGUUUGCUUGCAUUUUAGUGUUUGUGCAUACAUGUCUACUUGUGCCAGUCUGUCUGUCAUUCUGUAUUUGAGCCUGCCUGUGUGAGGUAAUGAUAAUAUAUGCCAUUUAGCAGACGCUUUUAUCCGAAGCCAUUUUUGCAUACAUUUUACGUACAGGUGUUUGAGAGACAGUGUUGGUGACCACUACUCCUUGUUGUCUCCUAUCUCUGCAGUUGAGGAGAUCCAGCGGCUGCGGCGUCAGCUGGACGAGCUGCGGAGGGAGAGCGGCCAUUACAUCGAGCUGCUCAAAGCCCACGACAUCAACUUCCUGGACGACCCCACCGUCCACUGGAAGGGCAAGCUGCGCUGUGCAAAGGUCGCCAAAAUAACGCCCACUCACCAGCUCCCCAAAGGAAUUAUUGUCUACUCCAAUGGGAACGUGAUAUGCCCAGCAGGGAAGGAACCUAGUCCAGCCUCCGAUCUGGGGAAGCAACCAGCCAAUGCUGUGAUUGUUCAGACAUCUUGUGACAUCACAGCAGGGGUUAGGGUGAACGGGGCUCUUCAGCACGUCAGCGUCCCUUCCUCUGCCCCUCCGCUCCUCCCUGGGGCAACCCUAGCCCCUACAGUGUCUACACCUGGCAUCAGGCUGGUGGAACAGUGUGUAGCAGAGGCACCGUCAGCUCCCAAACUGCCUCCCUCUGUGUCCUACAUCACCCUCCAGGGUCUCUGUCCUCUCCCCACGGUCACCACAGCCUUGCCCCAGCAGCUCCAGCCUGCCACCCCAGCCCCUAGUCUCACCGUUGCAGCCAGUCUGGCCACCCCACUCCCUCUCCAGCCUGUCCCCAGCUUUACAGCCCUUCCCCAGGUCAUAACCACCCAGAACGUUGCCAUCAGGACUCUGAGCUAUACGACUAUCACCAGCAGCCCAACCCUCCUCAGGGCCAGUGCAGCAGGGAGCACACAGACCACCUGGACUACCCUACAGCUGGCUGGGAACACAGUGCAACCUGUCUGCCAGUCUCUCCCCACCCCGGAGACUAGCACCACUGGGCAGCAGAGUAUCCAACAGAUUGUGGGCGCUAAACCAUCAGUUCAACCCAUUCAUAUUCAAAUGAGCCAACAGGUACCCAUACUGCCCCAGGCACCCAUCACUGCCCAUAUGCAAGCCCAGCCUUCCAUCCAGAGGACACCCCAGCUACGGCCAGCUAUCCUGGCCCAGCACCAGCCCCAGACAGUCAUGGCUCCCCAGCCACAGUGUGCUGUCCUCCCUCAGUCAGCCUUUAAUCCUGCUGUGGUAGCCCACUCGGCUAUGAUGUCACAACAACAACCGCAACCCGCUGUACUACAACAGGCCACAGUCCCCCCCCAUCCACAGACUGUCCUCAUGACUCAACCCCAACCAGCCAUGGUUCCCCAGCCUCAGCUCAAGGCCCAAGCCCACCCCCAGGCAGCUGUUAUGCCCCUCCUCCAGACCAUGCAGGGAUUGCAAAUGAACCCUACUGGGACAACAGUUGCUGGGGUAACGGCUCCUCAGAACACUAACAACCCAAGUGUUGUCAUCCUACAGCAGGCCAAUCCCUGCUCAGCCCAGUCGGUUGUCAGGGACGACUUAACCAAUCCGACGCCUUGUCAGCACAUCGUCAUCAUCCAGGCCUCCAAUCAGCCUCCGCCGGCACCUCCUCAGAACCCUCAGGUUGGCAUGGUGCCCGCGGUAGCACCUGUCGUGCCCAAUCAGAUUGUCGCGACCAGCUGCACAACUUCCACCACUGGGCAACAUAUCGUUGGGGGUAAACAGUUGGUCCACAUUCUACCCCGUCCCGUCCCUCAAACCCAGACACCCCAGGCCACCCCGGUUCCCCCAACCCCUCAGACCUUCACUGUGAACGGGCAGGUGUUUGCCCUGCAGCCCAUGAAGACCUCGGAAAAGUCAGGCUGUCAGGGUGGCCAGAGCAGUCUCCAGCUGAUCCAGCCUACCACCGCUGAUGAGCCCACCACCAACGUGGCUCUGCACACCCUGGGAGCCCUCGGCAGCCUCAACCAGAGCAUCUCACAGGGCAUGCCGCCGUGUAUCUCCACCCAGAGUAAUGUCCAGCUGACCCUAGCCUCACCACCCUACUCUAUAGUGCCACAGCAGCAGCCAUCUUCUGUCCCCAUUUCAGCAGGUCCACACAGUUCCCCCGUCAGGCAGAUCCAGAUCCCCAGUGUGACUCCACACAGACCAGGAAAGGCGGUGGUUCCAGGGAAGGUGGUGGUUACAGGGAAGGCGGUGGUUACAGGGAAGGCCUCGCUGAGGCCGCCUGGCACAGCCUCAGUGCCCAGACCUAAGAGGGCCACCACCAAGCGGACCAAGUUAGUGAGGAAGAAGGAGCCCAAACAGAGACGGCCUAGUGGUACUGUUACCAUCACAGCGAAGCCAGUGGCUUUAACAGGGGACCAUCUGGAACAAGAGGUCACUGUGCCUCAGGGAAUCCCAUCCUCUGUUGCUGUGACAAUACAGCCAAAGCCUCCCCCUGUCAGCUUCCCAGCUAACACAACCACGGUUAGUAGUAGUGAGGCUUCCACACAGACCAGACCUGUUGUGAGUAGUGUCAACUCUACACAGUCAUCUCCUAAAGUUAAUACUGUGAAUACUAGUUCAUAUAGUGGACCAACUGUCUCCAGUGAAUGCACCACACAGAGUAAAACCUCUGUGACAAGUUCCACUAGUUUCACUCCGUGUACAGUUAGUAGUAGUAUUAGCUCCACACAGAGUCAACUCCUUAUCAAUAGUGUUGUGAGUCUAGCUACAGUCACCACUGUCACUUCUGCAGCAGAUAAGCCUACAGUCAGUGCUACUGUUUCUUCUCAGAGUAAACAACCUGCAGUUGCCGCUAGUGACAGCGCCACUCCCCUCAGACCUACAGUCAGUUCUACUGUUUCUUCUCAGAGUAAACAACCUGCAGUUGCCGCUAGUGACAGCGCCACUCCCCUCAGACCUACAGUCAGUUCUACUGUUUCUUCUCAGAGUAAACAACCUGCAGUCGCCGCUAGUGACAGCGCCACUCCCCUCAGACCUACAGUCAGUGCUACUGUUUCUUCUCAGAGUAAACAACCUGCAGUUGCCGCUAGUGACAGCGCCACUCCCCUCAGACCUACAGUCAGUUCUACUGUUCCUUCUCAGAGUAAACAACCUGCAGUUGCCGCUAGUGACAGCGCCACUCCCCUCAGACCUACAGUCAGUUCUACUGUUUCUUCUCAGAGUAAACAACCUGCAGUCGCCGCUAGUGACAGCGCCACUCCCCUCAGACCUACAGUGACACAGAACAGACAGCCUGUCCCUACUACUAUCAGCACUGUGCAAACUAGAUCAGCUACCACCAAUGGCAGUUCUAGACAGAGCAGAUAUACGGUGACCAGUGUCUGUUCCACUGAGACUAGAUCUCCAUCUACGGGUGUGACGUCUUCAGCAGCAUGUCGACCCUCAGUCAGCACUGUAAGCUCAAUAGAAAGUAGACCAGUGGUUUCUCUCCAGUCUGCUCAGCUCACUUCAUCAUCACCGGGUCAGACCAAGCCAGCCAACAGCCAGGAGUCUCAGCCUACAACCCAGCCCCAGUCCCAGCCCGUGGCUUCUCCCUCGGGCCCCUCCACUCCAACCCCCUGCUCCAGUGUCCUGUCUUUCGCCUCACCCUCUGUAACAGUCCCCAUGACCAUGCCAUCAGAAUACAGGAAAUGGGUCCCCUAUAACAGACCCUCGACCCAGCAAAUGACCAUGCCCACUUCCACACCAUCCCAUCCUGCUGAGCUGAGGGUGACAGCGGUGUCAGGCAGGGAGAAGGAGCCUCAUGGAGAGGCCCACCCCAGUGCAACGGUGGAGAAAGCGAGUGUGAAGAGUGCUGCUGCUCCCUCUAGAAAGGACUCCACUCUCCCACAGCAAGUGUACACGCUAGACCACGAACCCUUGGAUCAGCCUCAGGCUCCUAACAGACAGACUGACUUGGCCCAUGUCUGGUGGCGCAGGUGGUGGAAGGGGCUUCUCUGUGGCGUCUAUGCUUCCCACAGGCCACAGUGUCAGUUCCUCGCCAGGUAA